CUCUGUGCGCUCCGCUGAAAUCAACGGGACUUCACUUCAAGGUGCUUAGACUGGCAAUCUUUUAAAGCAACUUUGCAUAGACCCGCUUCCUUUAAGGACCUUUGGACCCCGGAAGCUCAGGCACACAGCAGAUCUCUCGGCGAUCGGUUGGGAUCUCUUCCCGCAGGUUUCCUGGAAGAUACGUUCCAGAAGUGAUGGCUUCCACACAACUCACUGAGGGUACCAUCAUGGUGGGCGGACAAGUCCUCUUCUAUAGGCAGGUCAAGCCGGCUCAACAGACCCCUCGGUUUUCUGUGUUGCUGCUGCAUGGCAUUCGUUUUUCAUCAGAGACUUGGCUCAACCUGCAGACUUUGUCCAAGUUGGCGGAAGCUGGAUAUUGUGCUGUAGCUAUUGAUUUGCCAGGCUUAGGUCGUUCCAAGGAGGCAGCUGCUCCUGCUCCCGUUGGAGAGCCAGCUCCGAGCAGCUUCUUGAAGUCUGUCUUCGAGGCCCUGAAGUUAGACCAGGCUGUGGUGGUCAGCCCCUCUCUCAGCGGCAUGUAUUCCCUUCCCUUCCUCUUCCAGCACAGUGAGCUGGUCAAGGCGUACAUCCCAGUGGCACCCAUCUGCACGGAGAAAUUCCUAGCCACACAAUAUGCCAGUGUCAAGACACCAGCACUCAUCGUAUAUGGGGACCAGGAUGUCCAGUUGGGGGAGCUAAGCCUGAACAACUUGAAGAAUUUACCCAAUCACAAGGUGAUGCUGAUGAAAGGGGCGGGCCAUGCCUGUUACAUUGACAAACCAGAUGAGUGGCACCUUGGUCUGCUAGACUUCCUGAAGAGCCUAGAGUAAAGAGCAAACUGGCUCUCUAUCCUCCCAACCAACCUGUGAUCCGUAGGCUCCACAUCUGUCUCUUUGGUGUGCGCUUCCUGGGUAUUAGGAUGUUUUUCUGAAAUUCUGUGAACAACCUGAGCACCUUUUUGGACUACCCAACUAUUCUAGAAUGAGGAGGAUUAGCAAAUGGAUAAUGGCUGAGGAUUAGCAAAUGGAUCCCGUGUGCCCAUUGCCUAAAAUUUAAUUAACUGCAUCAUGCCCACACCAGCAUUCCUGCCCUCGGCAGUGAGCUGCAUUAGGUCACACUUAUCUUUAAGUUUGCAUUAACAUGUUAUGGUCUGUUGCAGAGAUGCCUUGGAACUUCUGCUCUAAUUUAGCUGGCCACAAUCUGACAUGAAAUCCAUCUCUUUCUCUUUCCUACGACUCGCCCAUGAACGUGAUAUUUUUCUUCUUUUGUGUAAAUUAACAUAAAAGCCAACCGCUUUUUGUACUACAAGUAUAUAGUACACCGCUCUGGGCUCCUUGGGGGAAGAACGGGAUAUAAAUGUUAAAUAAUUAAAUAAUAAAUAAACAGCUAGGACUAUGGGCUGGCUGAGAUAGGUUUAAUAAUGGUAGCGCAAUGUAUGUUUCCCUGACCUGUCCUUCAGAGCCAUUCCAUUCUGACAAGUAACAUCCUUCACUAUCUUGGAGUCCUUGAUGUCUCCAGUUAUCUCUGCCAGUGCACUUCUUGAAUCUUCUGCUGUUCACUGCUGUGUUGUACACAUGCAUCUCUGUGUCAAAAGUCUGUUGCUUCCUGCUCUAGUGUGGCAAAACUGUAUAAUUUUGUUACUUGGAGCACACAGUGACAGCCAAGUGCCUUGUGAUGAGCAAACAUUAGGGGCAGAACUAAUGUUGACUUCACUCUCAAUCCCUGGCAUCUCCUGGAUCGCCCCUUGCAAAGUCCCUUAGCAGCAUAUGUAUGCUAAAUAGCACCUUCUCCUUAUGUCCAAAAAUUCGUGCCCAUUUUGAGAUGCUCAUUUGUUCUGCAGCUACUGUGAUUACUGUCUUAUGUGGUUUAAUCAGACAAUUCUGGGAAUCAUCAUAGAAGUUUAAUAAAUGAUUAAUGGGGGGAAAUGAGGGUAAUGUUUGUUUACAAUGGCAACAGUGAGGGAAACAGCCUCCAGUGGGAGGCGCUCCCUGUUUCCUGCCAAGGAAAGGGAGAGAUCAGGGCAGUCUGGGGGCAAAACUUUGCUCACUCAUUCCAAGAGCAGAAAAUGCCAUUGCUGCUUCCUAUUUGAACCAUGCUUUCUUGAGUAUAAUCAAAGGGACCAAUGGGUUAACAAAGAGAGUGCAGGCUUUCAAGAAUAUAGUUGGAAAAUUAAAAAAAUCAGGAACUGUGUGCAGGAACUGUGUGGAUUUCAUACACAGAAGAUGAUUCCAGUGAUUCCCUGAUGAACAAUAGAUUAUUUGUCAAAAUUAAGAAUUUGUGAUCAAAUAACACUCGAAUUUGUACUUCUUUGUUUUUGUGGAUACAUUACUUUCCACACCACUGAAAACCAA